CUCGACGAGGUGAGCAAGCAAGAUGAACCGCGACUACGUGGACGACGACGGCGCGGAAGAGGUCUCUCGCCCCGAGCGCGUCCACGACGCCAUGCACCGCGUACUACCGGCGACGACCAAGAGCGCAGCCGUCGACGAGAGCGACCCGGCCGCCGAGGAGCUCGACGACGAGCUCCAGCAGACGACCCGAGCCGUUGUCAAGCCACAGGAGCUCUACAUCGACGUCCACGCGGACCGUCCGAACACCGCGCCGUUGUCGCCGCCACCGCCGCCUCGGGACGUGUACUUGAACGCGUCGCUGCAGCUGUUGCAUCAGCAAAGCGACAUGCGCCAGCGCCUCCGCGGGCUCUGGUUCCUCGCGCAGCGCCUGCGCUGGGACAACCACAUGGACGCCCACGCAAUGGAGCACCUUCGCGCCGACCUUCUCACAACGAUGAAGAGCCUCGGCAUUGAAAAACAAGACGGCGAUCGCGUGCGCAAGACCGGGCACCUCGUGCUUCUCGAACCCAGCGUGCGGUCGGGCCCGCCGCCCCGCGUCUACUGCACGCUCUUUGAAGACGAGAGCAAGCUCGAGCUUGUGCUGCCGCGCGCCCCGACGACUCCCACCAGCAGUAGCUCGUUCCGGGAUUCGUUCACAAGCCUUUCCAAGCUCUCGUCGUCGCUCGCGUGGCUGCUCCACGACGACCCGGACGACCACGACUGCCUUCGCAUCCCGCUGUACGGCGCGCAGGUGCAUGCGACGUCGGCCGAAGCAAUGGAGUUCCGUCUCGACGUGCUCCACAAGACGUCCGACGCGAUCGCUACGCGGAGCUUUUACCUGCGGGCCGAGACCGACGAAGAGUACAUUGGCUGGAUGGUCGCGCUCGAAGCCGUCGCGCGCUACGACCUCUUCCAGCUCCAAGCGUCCAUGCGCCGCAUCUCGGACCCGCAGGACUAUGUCUGCGUGCUGCGGUCGUUUUGCCCGAUUUCGGUGCCGCUUACGUGGCAGCGCCACCGCAUCGCCCGCGACGAGAAGCAGUCGGGCCUCACGCGCCGCGACAGCAAAAACAUGCCAAUGCUCCAAGUGCUCAAAGACAUUGAGCGUGACACGUACGUCGUCGACGGCAUGCGCCUCUCGACCGCCGACGGCAUCCAUCACGUCAUCACGCACCUCUUGACGCGCGUCAUGGCCUAUCUCCACGAGCACGACGACACGAUGCCGAGCGUGGCGUCGCCGGCUGCGCGCAUGGCGAAGUCGACCGAGGCCAAGGCGCUCUCGUUUGUGGAGCGCGUCCUCCGUGGCAGCACGCGCACGCAGAGCGGCGGGGACAUUUACGACGCCAUCUCGAUUCUCUGCGCCAAUACGCACGUGGUCGUGUGCCCCGUCUCAGCCGACGCGUCGCCCGUGACGCUCACCGUCGACGGGACGGACGACAGCGUCUUGACCAUCCAUGCGUCGGUGCAAAUGGCUUUUCGCAUCAUGGCGCCCGACGCCGCCGGGGACUGGGCGCGCCUCCACGGAGCGCUCACGCGGUCCUUUACCUACGGCGGGAUCGCCCAACCCGGCGUCGUCACGAUCGAGAUGCUAGACGAAUAAAGAGUCUACACCGUUGCGACUGGUUAUAAGAACUGCGGAAUCAACGGCGUGCCGCCAUCGAGGUACAACGGCUUGGUCUCGGACGACGACGACGACGACGCCGACGCCGAGGGGGCCGGCGAUGCGACAUCGGCACGACACAGCGGGCAGUUGCGCUCGCGGUCAAACCACUCGCAGACGCACUCUUCGCAAAACAUGUGCGAACAGCGGAGCUGGACCGGCGUGUGCAUGGCGUCGUAGCAGAUCGAACACUCGGGGUUGCCGGCCUCUGCGAGCGCUGCGGGCGUCACAUCUUUUGAGCUUGGCCGCCAAGCACAUACCCCUAACCACGGCAGUAUGGACGUUUGGACUGCGAUAUGGACGAACGCACC